CUCUGGGUUCGAGCCCAGGCUCUGUCGCAGCCGGCCGCGACCGGGAGGACCAUGAGGCGGCGCACAAUUGGCCCAGCAUCGUCCAGGUUAGGGAUAUUCUUGUCUCAUCGCGGACUAGCGACUCCUGUGGCGGGCCGGGCGCAGUGCACGCUGACCAGGUCGCUAGGUAUACGGUGUUUCCUCCGACACAUUGGUGCGGCUGGCUUCCGGGUUGGAUGCGCGCAGUGCGGCUUGGUUGGGUUGUGUUUCGGAGGACACAUGGCUCUCGACCUUUGCCUCCCCCGAGUCCGUACGGGAGUUGCAGCGAUGAGACAAGACCGUAAAUACUAACAAUUGGAUACCACGAAAUUGGGGAGAAAAAGUGGAUAAAAAAAUAUAUAUAUAUAUAAUUUCCCUAUAAAAUCAUGCCAUCUAUUUUGUGAGGUGCACCAUGCCAUCUGCAGCAAAGCACCCCCACAACAUGAUGCUGCCACCCCCGUGCUUCACUGUGUUCUUCGGCUUGCAAGCCCCUUUUUCCUCCAAACAUAACGAUCGUCAUUAUGUCCAAAAAGUUCUAUUUUUGUUUCAUCAGACCAGAGGACAUUUCUCCAAAAAGUAUGAUCUUUGUCCCCAUGUGCAGUUGCAAACCGUAUUCUGGCUUUUUAUGGCGGUUUGGAGCAGUGCCUUCUUCCUUGCUGAGCGGCCUUUCAGGUUACAUCGAUAUAGGACUCGUUUUACUGUGGAUAUAGAUACUUUUGUACCUGUUUCCUCCAGCAUCUUCCAAGGUCCUUUGCUGUUGUUCUGGGAUUAAUUUGCACUUUUCGUACCAAGUACGUUAAUCUCUAGGAGACAGACCGUGUCUCCUUCCUGAGCGGUAUGACGGCUGCGUGGUCCCAUGGUGUUUAUACUUGCGUACUAUUGUUUGUACAGAUGAACGUGGUACAUCUAGGCAAUUGGAAAUUGCGCCCAAGGAUGAACCGGACUUGUGGAGGUCCACAAUUUUUUUCUGAGGUCUUGGCUGAUUUCUUUUGAUUUUCCAAUUAUGUCAAGCAAAGAGGCACUGAGUUUGAAGGUAGGCCUUGAAAUACAUCCACGGGUACACCUGCAAUUGACUCAAAUGAUGUCAAUUAGCCUAUCAGAAGCCUCUAAAACCAUGACAUGAUUUUCUGCUGUUUAAAGGCACAGUCAACUUAGUGUAUGUAAACUUCUGAUUCACUGGAAUUGUGAUACAGUGAAAUAAUCUGCCUGUAAACAAUUGUUGGAAAAAUUGUGUCAUGCACAAAGUAGAUGUCCUAACCGACUUGCCAAAACUAUAGUUUGUUAACAAGAAAUUUGUGGAGUGGUUGAAAAAUAAGUUUGAAUGACUCCAACAUAAGUGUAUGUACACUUCCGACUUCAACUGUAUGUUCGGUUUUUACUGACUGUUGCUCAGAUUCAUGCAUUUUAUAGUUUUACUCACUGUUAAAUUUUCAUCUUCGUGUGUUGUUUUAUAGUUACUUGACCUUUUCAUUUUUAUUACCCGGCUUUGCAACACCCAAACUGAUGGCACCCUGAGUUGAGUAGUCAACAUGUAAUAAGAAGAUAUGCCUGCAGAUGGGCUGCUGUCUGCAAUGCUACACUGAAAGUUGCAGCUCCACUCGUUUGGAUCGACAAGGUAUACUUAAGCCUACCCCUGUAUAAUUUGUGUUGCCACCAGGGGCGUCAUGCACGCCAAAAAUCUGAGGUGCACAAAGUACAUGAGGAUGAUUGGCAGGUGGAUCGGAAGAGGGCUCAAUUUAGCUUUUUCCUGCAUCUAGAGCCAUCAAUAUGCAUAAUUUUAUAUCAAUAUUUUCCCCUGCUUAUCUAAGCAUACCUCUUGAGCUGUCUAUUGUCCUGACUGGUGGAUAUUUUUUUUUAAGAGACUAAAAUCUCGGGUAAAAUAUUGAAAUGAAUGUGAGUCUUCAAUACAUUUAGUUAUUGCUUGCUUUUCUAAAAUCUACUAACCUUGCUGGCAGGCAUGCCAGCUAAGAUUGUUAGAUAAACUAGCUACUGUAACUUGAUAGCCUGAAAUGCCUUAUUGGUAGCUAGUUAUGAAGUUAGGAGAUUGGGAACCUAUAUGGGCUAGUGAAAGCCAACGUCAUAAAAUUGUUUGGUGGCUAGUAGCGUUAGUAUUUAUUUGUAUUUUUAAAUGAGACAAAUCUGAGGGUGCACGUGCCCCUGUGUCCCCAUGGGCAUGAUGCCUCUUAAAGUUUUGCCACAAUUUUAACCUUCAUAUCGCAAACGUUGCUGUCUACUUGAAAAGCUAAUUAUGCUUACAAAUUAAUUUGCUAAAUUGAUUAAUAGUGGGACGGACCAAAGAGAAUCUGAAGCUCUUGAUUGGUGCUUUAGGAGAUGAGACGAGGAAAUGGGAGAUAGGGUGGGCAGAGGGCAUGGUUAAAUUAUUCACAAGCAGAAAUAAAAUCCAGGCUAGCAAGAAGGGCUCAUUUACCUGUGGAAGACUAACCCAUACUCAAACAUGCAUGAAGCCAAAAACUCAUAUCUAAAACAGACAUAAUGUUCAAUACUACUGUUAGUAGCUUGAAUGUUUUGUGAAUUUACAAGUUGUCAUGACAAAUUCUAGGUAUUUUUACAGGUUGAAAAGCUGUAGCAAAUGCCACUAUGGUGCAUGCACAUACACUAUUAUAAAGGGCUGUAUACAUGGUUCCCUUCUCAAUAUUCUCACAGGAAAUAAGUCAUUUGUAAUGACAACUGUACUUUUCUUUAUAUUUAUAUAUAUAUAUAAGUUACCUUUUAUUUAACAAGGUAAGUCAGUUAAGAACAAAUUCUUAUUUACAAUGACGGCCAAAGCAUGACGAUGCUGGGCCAAUUGUGCGCCGCACUAUGGGACUCCCAAUCACAGCCAGAUGUGAUACAACCUGGAUUCAAACCAGGGACUGUAGUGAUGCCACUCGCACUGAGAUGCAGUGCCUUAGACCGCUGCGCCACUCAGGAGUCAAAUGUGUAUUUGUGCAUAGUGUAUUUUACUGUACAUUACAUCUCUGGUAAAUGUUUCGAUACUGUGGAAUACAUUGUUACUAGAUCAGAUUCACAGACGAGUCUGACUAAAACCGCUAGGUGUAUUUGGCCAACAUGAAGAACAUGUCAUUUGUAUAAAAAACCAUUACGUGUUUAGUAUGCAAGUAAUCUUGUUUUUUAAAUUAUGCCAUUUUAACAAACCAUGCAACGAAUAACCAUAGAUUUAAUUUAACAUGACCCCGUUCAUACCGUUCUGUGCAAGUUUACAAGCUGAGAUAUGAGCCUAUCUACCUUUGUGUGUGACAGUAUUGUAUGUCAGGUGGGUAUCAUUUUACUGCAGAGAUAUUUGACACCCAGGUAAGGCAGGCACAUAUCUGAAGUCCGGUGACCUGAGGUAGUAAUACACACAGACACACUGGUCCUCACUACUGCCAGUAACUACAGAACAGGACCAUGGCGUUCAUCGCAAAGACCUUCUAUGAUCUGAAGGCCACGACCCUGGAGGGGAAUUCAGUAGAUUUCAAUGUGUUUCGAGGGCGGGUGGUCCUCAUUGAGAAUGUGGCAUCGCUCUGAGGGACAACCACCCGGGACUACAGCCAGCUCAACUUGCUCCAGAGCAAGUACCCUCACCGGCUAGUGGUCCUGGGCUUCCCCUGCAAUCAGUUUGGCUACCAGGAGAACUGUUCAAAUGGGGAGAUCCUGAACUCAUUAAAGUAUGUGCGUCCAGGAGAUGGCUACCAGCCUGGCUUCACUGUCUUUGAAAAGUGUGAUGUGAAUGGAACCAACACCCACCCUGUCUUUGCCUAUUUGAAAGACAAACUUCCCUAUCCUGAUGAUGAUCCACACACCCUCAUCCAGGAUCCUAAAUUCCUCAUCUGGAGUCCCAUCAGCAGGACAGACAUCUCUUGGAAUUUUGAGAAAUUCCUGGUUGGGCCAGAGGGAGAGCCCUUUAAACGUUACAGCAAAAAAUUUGAGACUAUCAACAUCGAGCCUGACAUUCAAAGACUGUUGAGACUAACCAAGACCUGAAAAUAGCAUGGGAAUGUUCUCCUUGUGUACUACUCAUUCUGCUACACAAAUGACUUCACAUCUAUGAUAGACGGGGACUAUUAUGGCGUCGUCCAUCCUUUUGAGUUUUACUAAAUGAGGCUAAUAUUCUAAAAACUUGGGAGUAUUAUCUGAGGCCAUGUAAAUGCUCAAGAGUUGUGGGUUAUGCCUUGAUAAGUCUUCUUGCUCAUGUAAUAAAAAUAUGGAAAGCAUCAGCUAUAUUUUUGUAUGUCCUCCAGCAGUGAUCCUGACCUAUAGUAAACCCUCUCCUGUCUUUUUCUAUGCUGGCCAGCAGGUGGUGCCACU